AUGGUGCAAUACAAGACAGCAGAUUUCCCAAUCAACGAGGCCGCGCCUUUUCAAGGCCGUGUGGCUUUGUAUCUUGAUGACGGCCCAGAGCGGGCGAUGGCCUUCAGGCCGACGAGUGCCUCUACAUGGGCGAACGCGCAUGACGGUGCUGAGACCGAAAUCCUGCAGAUCGUCUCACACGCGACCCUCGACGCCUUGGCUACGCAGACUAGAGGCGAACCGGCCGCGCUGUUGUUCAAGGCAGAGGGCUUGCUGAAGCGCAACUUGAAGGGGUUCUACCGACCUUUUACGGCGGGCGGAUCAUCUUCCAUCCAGAUUGACCCUCAGACUACACCCCGAAGCAGGAAUGACGUCGAGGAACAAGACUUACAGCCCGUAGUCGAGCUCUCGGGUCCCCUGAUGGAACUCGGCCACUGGACUUUGAAGUUCCCCAGCAACGAUUCCUCCCACUCCGGCCAUAACAUUGAAUACCGGCCCGUGGGUAUGUCGAGCCGCGACGACUACUUUGUCAAGGACAGCAUAUUGUACUUCUGGGCCGUCAACGAUCUGACGCCCACGGAGGCGGUGUCGAGAGGCUCACAAUCCGAUCGCGGGCCACGUUGCAGCUGCUCGAGGUUGUACAAGGUUGUGGACGGCAAACGCCUCGAGGUGGCAAGAUUCUGGACGAAGAAGCACAGAGAUCGCGAGGGCUUAUUUUUGGUCGACGAUGAGCAGGUGGACAUAGUUGUGGCGGGCGCUACGUGUGUUAUUGUUGCCACGAGGGUUGAUUCCUUCAGGAAAUGA